CAGUAACCUAACCUAAAACUGGUAGAAACACAUUUUGGACAUCCAAAAACAGAAGUCUAUUCUCAGACUCCAUUGAACUACAAUAUUCCCAAAAAAAAUGUAUAAGAAAACGUGAUUUUAAUUUGUCGCUGACAAAUUAUUUUUAUUUAGAUUAUACAUUCUUAUAAAAGUAACGUUUUUCAAGUACAUUUGAUACAUUAUUUUGUUCAAUAAUGGCUAUUCCCAUUGCAGCUCGUAGUUCAUCAGGAAUUACUCUCUAUGAAGGACUACCUACUCCUGGUAACAAACCAACAUGUCCUCCGAUUCAAAGCAAGGCCUGUCGUACCAUGCUGUUUGAUCAAGAUGGAAAAUAUUUGGCAUAUGUGAAUGGACAAACAUUAUGUGUACUACAAACUGAUAAUUGGCAGACAUUGGCCACUAUUGAGAAUGUUAAAGCUUAUCAGUUGGCAUUUUCACCAAAAGGAACUUUUAUAAUGAGCUGGGAGCCUUUUACAGUAACUAACGCCAACCCACAGGGAAGUCCAAACUUAAAGAUAUAUAAAACUGCCAAUGGAGAACUUGUUAAGACAUUUGUACACAAAAAACAAGCUAAUUGGGAACCUCAAUGGAGUCAUGAUGAAAAACUUUUUUCAAGGGUAGUAAACACUGAUGUUGUGUUUUAUGAAGAUCUAAAUUUUGAGAGAAUAGUAGCUAGAAUUAACAGUUCUAAGGUUUCUUCCUACAAGAUUUCACCUAACGUUGGUGUCUAUUUUGUUCUUUGUCACACACUGGGCAGUCCUGGACAACCUUCUCUUGCCAGGUUAUUUAAGUAUCCUGCUUUUGAUACCACACAAGCCAUUGCCAAUAGAAGUUUUUUUCAAGCUGAUAAAGUUGAUAUUAUGUGGAAUGCCAAAGGUAAUAGUGCAUUGUUGUUAACAUCUACAGAAGUGGACAAAACAGGAGGUUCAUAUUAUGGAAAACAAGGGUUAUAUUUUGUGGGCUUAAAUGGCGAAACUUCGAUAAUAACCUUAAGUAAAGAGGGUCCCAUUUACAGUGUUGAAUGGUCUCCAAAAAACAAUGAGUUUUGUGUUGUGUAUGGUUUCAUGCCAGCGAAAGCUACCAUCUUCAACAUAAAAUGUGAGCCUGUGUUCGAGCUGGGAUCUGGUCCAAAAAAUGCCAUACAUUACAAUCCUCAAGGAAAUAUUCUUCUCUUGGGAGGUUUUGGCAAUUUAAGGGGUCAAAUCGAACUAUGGGACACCGCCAAUUGGAAGAAAAUUAGUAGCUGUGAAGCACCAGAUACAACGCUGCUUCAUUGGGCUGCUGACGGGGAACAUUUUUUAACUGCCACCACGGCUCUAGGCAAAGAUUCUGCUCCAUCCAAGGCUUCCCUGAAGCAGAAAAAGAAAAGGGAAGCAAAGAAGGCAAAAAAAUUGGAGGAAGUGAAUGAAGAUGAACCGAAAACACCAGCAGUUGUCAGUAGUGUAAAAAUAAAUUUAACUGGUGAUCCAGAAUUGGAUAAGAAGCUCAAAAAUAUCAAAAAGAAAUUGGAUGCUAUAGAAAAGCUAAAAACACAGCAAGCUGAGGGCAAAACUCUAGAAAUCAAUCAACUCGAAAAAAUCAAAGCAGAAAACGAUUUACUGGCAGAACUAAAGAAUCUAACAGUGUGAUUCUACUUUUACAAUUGUUUUAUUUUCUUACAAAGUUGAAAGUUAUAAUUUUUGUAUAACUUAAAAAAAAAAAACAUUGUUGGACGUUUA